GAUCAAAAAUAAAACCAACCUAACUUUUAUAUUUUGAAUUCGCUGUUUGUUUCAGUGGUUUUUUAUUUAAUAAUUUAUGAUGGCUGUGAACAAAUAUAUGCAUCCACGAAAUAUUUACAAAUCACCUCCAGAUUUCAAACAGCUUGCGCUAGAAUUCCCAGAUUUUAGACAAUACGUUAAACAAGACAUCACUGGAAAAGUAACUCUAGAUUUCAAAGAUAUCAAAGCUUUGCGUAGCCUGUCAUGUACCUUACUGAAAAAAGAUUUCGACCUAAGUGUCAAUAUUCCCUUGAAUAAACUGAUUCCUACUAUACCUUUGCGACUGAACUAUAUUUUGUGGCUGGAGGAUCUUUUAAGUUUCAUUAAGACAGAGGAACAAGUAAGGGGAAUCGAUAUCGGAACUGGAGCAUCUUGUGUAUAUCCACUUUUAGCUGCUAGAAAAAAUAAUUGGUUUAUGUUGGCAACAGAAGUAGACGAAGCUAGUGCAACGAUUGCAAGAAGUAAUGUGGAAGAAAAUAAACUGCAGAAUUUGAUAACGGUAUUGAAAGUUGAGAAAGACUGUUUACUGCAAGAAGUUGUACAUGACGAAGAAUAUGAUUUUUGCAUGUGCAACCCCCCAUUUUUUGGAAGCACGCAGGAAUUACACCCCAGCUUCAAUUCUAGAAAUUUGUCGAGACCCAAGCCCAAAAACAGCUUUUGUGCCUCAGUGAACGAAGUAGUAGUGCAAGGUGGAGAAAUCGACUUUAUAACUAGAUUAAUAAACGAAAGCAAACAAUUGGGGAAAAAGGUUAAAAUAUAUACUACCAUGAUGGGACAUAAGCGAUCCUUACCUCAGCUAAAAAAACUCUUGAGGGAAGCGAAGGUGUGCAGUUUCAAAGAUACUGAAUUUUGUCAAGGUAACACCACAAGAUGGGGACUUGCUUGGACAUUUUGUGAAGACAUUGACUUGAAAAAGUGCUACGACCCUUCAAAACUUCAUGAAAGAAAGCCAAAACCUAAUACGCCAGUGAUGCAUGAAAUACACCUUCAAGAAAUAAAUGAAGAAGAGUUCAUCAAUGUUAUCAAUGUUUUGCUGAAGCUGUUUGAAGGAUUACAAAUGGGAGUAGAAGAGGUUACCAGAAACAAGAGCGUUCGGCGUUAUUUCAUAUCAGCCUUCUCCAAUACUUGGUCUAAUCAGAGAAGAAAAAGACGAAAACAAUUGAGAGAAGCGGGAGACAGUUUGAGAGAAGCGGGAGACAGUUUGGAUUCCAUUGAGGAAAGCAAUAAUGACAAAGAAUUGUCAGAGGAAGACUCCAGAAGCCCUAUCUCAGUGGAAGGCUGCGAAUGCGAAAUGAAACGACCGAUCAAGAGAACUAACGAAGACAACAUUGAAGGAACUUUUUUAAAAAAGCUGAAAAUUUCAGAAGAUGGGGCUGCGGUAUUUUUUAAAUUUAUUGCAACAGUAAGAUUACAGGAAUCUGCCGCCUGGUUGGAAUUGGACACUUUGGACAGAAAUGGGAAAAGGGACUACUUACAUCAAAUACUUCAAUAUAUUAAAAAUAAUAUGAGAACUACAGAAUAAUUGAAAUGGAAAAGUUACAGAGUGGUAUUUUUUUUAUUGACGUAUUUUUAGGAAUAAAUGUUGAGUUUUUGCAAAA